AUGGGUUAUGAGAACCCCAACUUUUUUGGAACAAGCCAGACAUCUUCUGCAAGAUCCUGGGAACCUAUUCUUGAAAACGCCAUUAAAGCUAUCAUAUCCAUCAAGGCAAGCCAUGUUAGGAGUUUUGAUACCGAAACAUCAGGCGUGUAUUCAGCUACUGGAUUCAUUGUCGAUGCUAAACGAGGCAUCAUCCUGUCGAAUCGUCAUGUCGUUUCUCCUGCACCCAUUGUCGCUCAAGCAGUGUUGACCAACUACGAAGAAGUCGACUUGAUCCCAAUAUACAGAGAUCCUGUUCAUGAUUUUGGCUUUUUGAAAUUCGAUCCCAGCAAAGUAAAGUUCAUGGAGCUGCAGCAAAUUGAUCUAUGCCCCGAGAAAGCUAAGGUCGGACUGGAAAUCAGGGUCGUGGGAAAUGAUGCUGGCGAGAAGCUCAGUAUUUUAGCAGGAACCUUGGCUCGUUUGGAUAGACGGGCACCUGAAUACGGAGUUGGAGAAUACAAUGAUUUCAAUACCUUCUAUCUUCAAGCAGCUUCCGGGACGAGCGGUGGUUCAUCUGGUAGUCCCGUUCUCAAUAUUGAAGGUCAAGCGGUUGCUCUCAAUGCCGGUGGUGCCAGCAAGGCAUCCUCUAGCUACUAUCUUCCUUUAGACAGAGUCAAGAGGGCCCUUACAUAUGUUCGUGAUGGUAAAAUUGUGCCUCGAGGCACAUUGCAAACCGAAUUUGAAUAUUUGCCUUAUGACGAAGUCCGCAGACUUGGGUUGAAAGCUCAUAUUGAAGAGAAGGCAAGAAGAAGAUUCCCUGACGAAAAUGGAAUGUUAGUUGUACGAUCGCUACUUCCUAAGGGUCCGGCUGACGGCAUACUCGUUCCUGGUGAUAUUAUCUUAGGCUGUGAUGCGAACAUGGUGGCCAAUUUCACACAUCUAUUCAGCAUACUGGAUGAUUCCGUUGGUAAAGCUGUAACACUGACCGUGUGCAGAAACAAGAAAAUGCAAGAUGUUCAACUUGUUGUGGAAGACUUGCAUCGCAUUACGCCAAAUCGUUUUGUGGAAAUUGGAGGUGGUAUUGUGAACGAACUUUCCUAUCAACUUGCCAAAAGCUACUCACAGCCUGUGGGUGGUGUUUAUGUCGCCACCUCUGGACACAUGCUGGCCAGUGCAAGUGCAUGGCGCAAGAGCAUCAUUAUUAGUGUGAACAAUGUUCCCACACCCAAUAUUGACGCAUUCAUUGAAGCUAUGAAGACUCUACCAGAUGGCGCCAGAGUCCCAAUAAGAUACUAUUCAUUACAAAAAGCCUACAAAGAAAAAGUUAUGGUUAUGCACGUAGAUAGACAUUGGCAUCAAUUCAGAGUGGCUACGAGAAAUGAUGAAACCGGUCUUUGGGACUUUGUGAAUAUGCCCCCUCCUCCACCUACAUUGCCCUAUGCACCAUCAACCGCCAGCUUCCCUUCCCUGGACCCUUCGCUCAAGUUGGCAGAGUCACUUAUGCCUUCCUUUGUUGCUAUUGACUUUUAUCUGCCAUACCUUGUCGAUGGUAUGAAGACAACGCAGUUCUAUGGUACUGGAUUCAUUGUUUCCACAGAUCCUCCGCUUAUUCUCUGUGACCGUGACACUGUGCCCAUCAGUGUUGGCGAUAUCUUUGUAACCUUUGCCAACAGUAUUAUUAUUCCAGCCAAAUUGGUCUUUUUACAUCCGUUCUACAACUUUGUUGUCAUUACUUAUGAUGCAAGUCUUAUUGGGGAAACUCCUGUCAGACCUCUCACGUUCAGUGACAAGACGGUGGUACAAGGUGACGAACUGUUUCAAAUCGGUAUCGGUACUGAUCACUCGGUGGUUAUGAAGAAGGCUACCGUCAGCUCCGUCAGCAACAUUGGGACCAAGGAAUGUUCUCCUCCACGAUGGCGUGCCAUGAACGUUGAAGGCAUCAAAAUUGAUGAUUCUAUCAAUUCUCAAGGUGGACUUUUAUGUGAUGAUGAAGGAAACGUCCAGGGCCUGUGGGUCAACUAUUCUUCUCAAAACGAGAAAGGAAAAGACAUAUCCUUCAUGUGUGGUCUACCCAUCAAUCUUGUUCGACCCGUGAUUGACCCUCUGAUUCGUGGAGAAAAGCCUGAGUUACGAGGAUUAGACGUUGAAUUCUGGACCAUGCGUAUUGCUGCUGCACGUACAUUAGGAUUGAGCGAUGCAUGGGUCAAGAAAGUGGAACAAAGCAAGAACUCACGACAUACUUUGCUGUAUGUUUUGAACACAUUGGACGAACGAAGUGAGAGUGCCAAACUUUUGAAGGUCGGCGACAUUAUCCUAUCUCUUAAUGGAAAUAUCGUCACUCGAAUGGCCGAACUCAGUGUGGUACAGAACAUGGAGCGCGUUCAAAUGGUAGUUUUCCGAGACGGUGCUGAGCUUGAACUGGAUAUCCCCACCUCAACAUUCAGUGGUUAUGAGACGACAAGAGUGAUUGGUUGGCAAGGUGCUUUAAUCCAAAUGCCUUAUAAAGCAGUAUUGGAGCAAGUUAGAAACAUUCCUACAGGAGUCUAUGUUUCAUGUACAUUAUAUGGCUCUCCUGCUUCCACGGUACUUCGGCCCGGCGUUUGGAUUAGCGAAAUACAAGGCAAACCUGUCAAUGACCUGGACUCUUUCCUAAGGACUAUCAAGUUGUACGAACAGCACGCCAAAAAUAGACGAAGAAGAUCAAAAUACAUUCCUCCCGUUCAACGCAAGGAUUCACUAAAAGACGAACCUCCUGUGAAAGAUUGUGAUGUUCUUCAGGUCGCGGCAGAUGACUCGGACGAUGAUGAUGAUAACGAUGAAGGCUAUAUUCGCAUCAAAACCGUCAGUCGUACCAACGUUGUUCGAGUGGCAGCACUUAAACUAGAUUCACAUUAUUGGGGAGCAUGGGAGCUUGUAAGAGAUGAUCAUUCUGUAUGUGGGUGGGUCUGUAAAUUGCCAUAA